AUGUCUUCCACCUCAUCCCCAGGCAACGGCAUCUUCCCUAAUGGCCCUACUAUGCGCCAACCAUCCAUGUCCUGGCUAUAUAGACUGGAAUGCUCUACCGAAGACAUUGAACUUGGAGCUCCCCACAACGGCGAUACCAUUCGCAGUAUUGCAAACAUCGUGCGGGGCAGCGUCAAAGGCCCUGGAAUUGAGGGUGAAAUCCUACCCUUGGGAGGCGCAGACUGGGCGACAGUUGUGAAGGGCACACAUUCUAUGACCCUAGAUGCCCGCUACACCGUCCGCACAUCCGAUCGUCAUUACCUCUACAUCCGCGCACACGGCUUGUAUCGUCCAGGUCCAGAGUCCAAUUACGCUAAAUCUGUGGUAGAGGAUCCGAAUUUUGUUCCGCCUGCGACGGUCUCUCAGGACGAUGUGGAGUUCUUUUCCCAUCUGCGUAUCGAGGCUGGGCCGGGUCCUUACAAUUGGUUGAAUGGAUUGGUUUGCCUGGGUGUGAUGUGCUGUGAGGAUGAGAAGAUCUGGAUUGAUGCGUAUUAUUUGACCAAUUUCCCGGGUGUUAAGCCUGAGAAUGUGGUGGCAAGAUAG